GGUCGGGGGGUGGGGGGCAAGAUGGCGGCGUCCCUGUGGCUGAGCGGCGGCGGGGAGCGGCUGGUGCGGCUGCUGCGGGCCGGGCGCUCGGCGCUGGGCGCGGGGCUCUCCCUGCCCGCCCGGGCAGGCUGGAGGCACCUGCACGGCACCCGGGAGCUGCUGGGUACACCUGGUAUUAAAGUUCUUAUGCCUGCACUUUCUCCAACAAUGGAAGAAGGAAACAUUGUGAAAUGGUUAAAAAAGGAAGGUGACACAGUGAAUGUUGGAGAUGCACUGUGUGAAAUUGAAACGGACAAAGCAGUGGUUACCAUGGAAUCAAGUGAUGAUGGCAUAUUGGCUAAAAUACUGGUGGAAGAAGGAAGCAAAAAUAUUCGCUUGGGCUCACUAAUUGGUCUGCUGGUAGAGGAAGGACAGGACUGGAAGCAAGUUGAAAUACCAGCUGAUGCUGGUGCUCCACCUCCUGGGGCUCCACCUGCACCUGCCCCAGCUCCUGCAGCUCCUUCAGUUUCAGCCCCUCCUAAACUGCAGCAUCAACCUGGGAAAUUGCAGGUUCGCUUAAGUCCUGCAGCUCGCUACAUUCUGGAGACACACGGACUAGAUCCAAGCAAUCUUACACCUACUGGGCCUCGAGGAAUCUUCACUAAAGAGGAUGCUCUGAAACUUCUGCAAGAGAAGCAGAAAGGUAAACCCAGCGAAUUGAAACCUGUGGUUUCUCCAGCUCCUGCUGCAGUGCCUUCUCCUCCACAAGCAACACCCAUGACUUCUUAUCCAAGGCCAGCAAUUCCACCAGUUUCCACACCAGGACAGCCUGCUGCAGUGGGCACAUUCACAGAAAUCCCAGCUAGCAACAUCCGAAGAGUUAUUGCUAAGAGAUUAACAGAGUCUAAAACCACCAUACCUCAUGCGUAUGCUGCUGCUGACUGUGUCAUUGAUGCUGUUUUGAAAUUAAGAAAAGAAUUGGCCAAAGAUGACAUUAAAGUAUCUGUAAAUGAUUUUAUUAUCAAGGCAACAGCAGUUACUCUGAAGCAAAUGCCAGAUGUGAAUGUAACGUGGGAUGGGGAAGCCUGCAGGCGGCUGCAGUCCAUUGACAUCUCCAUUGCCGUGGCAACAGACCGCGGGCUCAUUACGCCUAUCAUAAAAGAUGCUGCUGCCAAGGGAAUAAAGGAAAUUGCUGCCUCUGCAAAGGCUCUAGCAAAGAAGGCCAGAGAUGGAAAACUGUUACCAGAAGAGUACCAGGGAGGAUCUUUUAGUAUCUCCAAUCUGGGCAUGUUUGGCAUCAGUGGUUUCACAGCAGUCAUAAACCCUCCUCAGGCCUGCAUCCUCGCUGUGGGCCGAGCAAGACCAGAGCUCAAGAUUGUGGAAGAUGAAGAAGGGAAUGAGAAACUUGAACAGCAUCAACUCAUGACAGUGACUCUUUCGAGUGAUGGUCGAGUGGUGGAUGAUGAACUGGCUUCAAAGUUUCUGGAGACCUUGAAAGCCAAUAUAGAGAAUCCAAUGCGACUGGCCUUAAAUUAAACUCAGUGAAGAUUGCUUCCUGUUCUGACUAUAUAGAUAACUAUUAUGUACUUAAGGUUGUUUUUCUGUAUAGAGGAGUAAAUAGCUGAAGACGGACAGUUAAAAAUAUUUAAUUUAUGAAUUAAUGUGAAACCCUCAUGAUUUUAGUCUUCUAUAAUAGCCAGGUUUUGUACUGUAAAGCUAAAAGACUUUAAAGUUAACACACCAUGUUUCUUUAAACACGUAGUAUCAAUGGUACAUGCUUGCAUGGGAAAUUCAAUUUCAUCUGUAAAAAAAUUCAAUAAAACUUUAUGAAAUAUAAAAGGGAAUAAUAGAAUAAUUUUGGUUGAAAGGGACCUUUAAAGGUCAUCUAGUCCAGCUUCUCCUUCAAUGAGCAGGGAUGUCUUCUGAUCCUCACCCACCCUGACCUUGAAUGUUUCUAGAGAUAAGGAAUCUUCUGCCUCUUUGGGCAUCCUGUUCUGUCUUUUACCACCCUCACUUUAAAAAUCUACUUUAUAUUUAGUUUGAAUCUACCUGCUUUCAAUUUAAAACUGUCACCCCUUCUCUUAUUGCAACAGGCUCUGCUAAAAAGUUUGUUCCAAUCAAUCUUAAAAGCUUCCUUUAAGUAUUGAAAAAAUAAAACUUAAUUGUGUAAGCAGAGUUCUCAUAGAGGUCCCAGUAUGAAAGGUCAAAUUUUGCACACUGAAUAGUUGCUGCUUAAUGCUGUUCUUUGCAUGGAUGGAAUGUAGAUGUAAGUAGAAAGUGUUUCAUCAUCAUUGUAUAUUGAAACAUAACUUGGAGGCUGAAGUGCAGCAGCCUGAACUUUAAAUUAACAGAAUUUAUCAACAGAUUGGUAUCUUUCUUACAUAUAAAUAUGGAACCACAUAUUGCAUGUAAAUGUAUGGAAUAACUGUGUUUACAGGACCUCUUGAGAAUAUAAAUUUUCAAUAGAAUUAUGGGAGUUUGUCUUAUUCUGGUUUGUGCAACUGCUUUUUCCUAAUGCUUUGUAGGAAUUAAUUGUGGCAGCAGCUCAACAAGUAAGCAGCUACUUGCAAGACAAACUUUACUUAACACUGAGGUGAGCGUUUUUGCUAAAUGAGUUUUCUUUUUUAGCUUCUUCUGAUAUCAUAAAUUUCACAAACUACUAGUUUGACUGUUGGGAGAGAUUUUGGAUUACCAGAUAGGGUUUGCUGUGCAGGAAUGGAUGUAGCCAUUCUUUGUUUCCAAGAGUUUCUUACUGAUAAACCAUAUUAAAAAUUGGUUCGUGAGAAUUAAUUUGCAAUUUGAAAAGAUUGGCUUCCAAUUUUUCCAAAGCUGUUUGUCAGCCUUUUAUUACUGUG